AUGGUGGCUAUAGGUUAUUUCCCUACUUUGCUGAAAUUUUUGAGUGUCAUUGGUGUGAGGAUGCUACCAUUAGGCAAACACAUGAAGGUUAUUAAUGAUACCUCAUUGAGUAUCAUAAAAUCAAGAAGAGAGCAAGUGCAACAAAGCCACAAUGGCAACAAGAGGGAAGAUUUUCUUCAAUUAUUAAUGGAUGCUGAAGCACCAGAUGACCCAGAUAAUGAGUCUAGCAUUAAGGCUUCACGUGUACUAACUGACAAACAGAUUGUUGGUCUCUGCUUUGACUUCAUGCUUGCUGGUCAUGACACUACAAGCAGCAUGCUGGCCUUCACUUCAUAUCUUUUAGCAAUAAAUCCUCACGAGCAAGAACAACUGUGUCAAGCCAUUGAUGACUACUACCAGGAAAAUGAAGAGGCUUCUUUGUAUGAUGCAUCACAGAAUAUUCCUUAUCUUGAUUGGGUCUUGCACGAAUCAUUGCGCUUAUAUCCACCAGCACCAAAUACUGGUCGUGUGUGUAAUGAGACAUGUACAAUCAAUGGUGUCACAUUCCUUAAAGGAUUUAGAUUUGAUAUUCCCAUACUGAAGAUACACAUGUCACCAGAGUAUUGGGAUCAGCCUGAAGUUUUCAAUCCAAAACGGUUUAGUCCAGAGGGCAAGGAGGGUAGGAAUCCUCAGGCUUACAUUCCUUUUGGUUCAGGACCAAGGAGUUGUAUUGGAAUGAGGUUUGCACUAAUGGAGGCUAAGGCUUGCUUAGUGAGUAUAUUGAGGAAGUAUAGGUUGAAAGAUCACCUGAUACUCAGGUUAGCUGAUCACAAU